UGGGGGAGGGGGGGCGAGGGGAAUGAUUUGACGAGGGGCUGACCUGCGUUUGACGUUGUGGCCUUCCCUGCUAUGCAGGUGACAACGGCAAUGGCUCCCUCUCAUCAGAAGCAGCUGAAAGAGGACUUGAAGACGCACUUCACGGAUGAUGGUCCCGCAGGGAGGAACCCAGGAAAAGGGUCCAAACAUUGGAUUUGCAAGUACUGCGAGACCCGAUUCGACGGGACGGCGGCGCAUCUGAGAGCCCACUUCCUGAAGAAGUGCAGCCUGGACCUCCUGACUAGACCGUUGUCCGUGGAGGAGAGGGCGAGAAGGGCGGAGGGGCUUCGCAUGGGGAAGACCCUCGCAGAGCUCAUUGAAAGGGGGGAGAAGAGUUCUACGCCGACGAGCAACCUGCCAUCUGCCAGCAGUCUAGUCACCGGAGCGAUGGGUGCAUGUAGUGGAGCGGCUGAUGCUGGCGGUGUACCAUUGCGGGUGGCGACUUCUAGGGAGUGCGACCGUGCAGCGCCCCAAACAGGUCGACCAAUGAGGCAGAUGCUUAUCGAGGAUGCGGACAGCAUCAUUACUCGUAAUGAACACACGAGCCGCUUCCUCGAUAACUUCCUGUUCUGCACGAACCAACCCUUCAGUCUCGUUGACAACGAGUACUUCCUCGAGUUCAUCGACGCGGUCAAGAAGGCACAUCCGCCAUGGCUGCCAUACCACAGGGAUGACGCACGGACGAGGAGGCUGGACAACGCGUGUGAAAGGACGAGAGCAGACGUGACCGCCAUGACCACGAAGUGGCAGGUCACGGGCUGCAUGCUUCAGAUGGACGUUUGGUCUGAUAGACGCAACCGCCCCCAUCUGAAUGUGAUGGUGUCGUCCCCGAUCGGGACUGUCUUUUGGAAAUCAGUGUGCAUGGAGGGGAAAGAUAAAGACUCGGCGGCAUAUUUCAAGAUCCUUGAUGGAGUGAUCAAGGAGAUCGAGUCAAACGCAGUGGUUGGCGUUGUCAUGGACAACGCAAGAGUGUGUGUGAAGGCGGGUAAGAUGGUGGAGGCCGCUUACCCUCAGAUUUUCCGUGUCGGUUGCACAACGCAUCCCCUCGAUUUAGCACUCGAGGACAUGUACAAGCAUCUCGGUUGGCUGGCGGUGGUCGUCGACGCCGACAAUGUAGUCGGCAAAUUCUUCACGAAUGUGGACAAGGCGAGGGCUAUGUUCGACAAAUUCUCGCCGAAUUUGAAGUUGAAGCGGCCGGCGGUCACGCGAUUUGCCACGAGUCACGACAUGCUGGCUUCGUUGAAGAGAGGGAGGAAUGCACUCGAGAAGUGCGUCUGCAACACAGCGUGGGUGGACAAGAUGGUGAGGGCGGAUCAGCUCGCCGCUUUCCUUGAGGUCACCUCCAUUGUGCUGGGAAGGGACGGAUUUUGGGACAAGGUGGAGAAGGCCCUCGCAGUGAUGUCUCCUGUUGUGGAGCUGUUGCGCCUGGUCGACGGGCCAGGCACAACAAUCUCGAAGGUCUACUUCAAGAUGGAUGCGCUCGUUGAGAGAAUGCGUGGCCUCGAGUGUGUCACCCCGGGUGAGAAGGCCGACAUCGAGGACAUUCCAAUGCAUCUGUGCUCGUUCAUGACGAGUGAGCUGCACUGCGCGGCUGCCUUCCUUGACCCGGAGUUCCGACACAGUGCUUUGGCAGAGCGGGAUCGAGAGGUUCGCGCGGGGUUCAACAUUUGGUUGUACUCGUGGGCGCCGAAAGAUAAACCCAACCUCGACGAACUGAGCCGGCAAGUUGAUGACUGGACCAAACUGCGUGGGUCAUUCAACACACGAGAGGCAACGGAGGUGGCGCGUGUGAAACCAGCGGCCUUGUGGUGGCAAGCAUUUGGGGGAAAGCUGGACCUUCUGCAGCCGCAAGCCCUGGAACACCCAAUUGAUCCGGAGUUGCACCCGCGGCCUUGGGAGGAUGACCGACCGGUGCAGGCGGAAGUUGAGGAGUGGUACAACACGUGGGUGGCGACGGCGGUGUCCAAUGACGAUGAUGCAGCAGACACGCUCUAUGACGCGGAGGUGGGGGAGGAGGAUGGGGACGAGCCACUCAUGCGAACUUGGCUGCGAAAUGACGAGUGGGAUGACCAAGAGUGUGAGGCGGAGGACAUAGCCCUCGUGGGCUCGAGGGAAAAGGACUGGCACGAGUGCACAAAACCCGGCCGCUACAGGGAAUGCGAGCUGCGGAGGAAAUCAGGCAAUUCGCAGCCCUUACCGUCGGUGUUGUACACGGAAGAGGAACGGGCGCAGUUGUUGAAGGCACGCGCUGCCGGAACAUGGUUGUAUGGUGCAGGGGAAGUGUCCGGCAGCAGAAAACGUGGAAAAAAGAGAGCGCAACGCGAGGAAGUGGAGGAGGUGGUUCCGGUGGCGAAGGGGAGACGUGCGGACGGAGAGCCGAAAUGCAAGAGGGGCCGACCCUCAAACGCGGAGCUGGCAGAAAGAAAAGCCCAGAAAGCGGAAGCAAUCACUGCAAAGGCAGCUGCAGCAGCAGCAGCAGCGAGAUGUGCGGCAACCAGAAAAGGAAGGAAGAAAAAGGCGCGGAGCAAUGUCAUCGAUGAUGACGAAAGCGGCGAUGAUGCGGCGGCAGCAGAUGACAAUGAGGCAGCAGCAGCAGGCGACGAGGCGGCAGCAGCACCAUCUUCGGCAUCCUCAUCUUCCUCGUCAGACGAUGAGGAUGCAAGUGGGAGUGGGGCGGAGUCCAUGGAACACGGCGAAGGAGACGGGGACGGCACGGGUGAUAGUUCGGAGGGUAGCGAGGGGCAAUCCGGGGAGGAAGAGGAAGGAGACGGCGGGGAGGAGUAGGAGAGAGCAUCAGAGCUCACUCCUGCAAACUUUGAAAG